AUGACCGAGUCGGUGGUGGACAGCAAGGCGGAGGUGAAGCAAGCCACCAAGUAUGUCAAGGAGACCGAGAACGUGGCGGAGAAAUACUCCGCGCUGACAGUGAGCAAGAACAGCAGCGACGUGAACAUGAACGUGGGGGAGAUGCCGUCCGCCGCGUUCACCGCAGUGCCCACCCUGAAGUCAGUCAAGAAGCAGAUCCAGUUUGCAAACACAGAGGACAAACAGGAAUUCAGUAAGUAUCCCACCAAGGCCGGCCGCCGCUCCCUCUCCCGGUCCAUCUCGCAGUCCUCCACAGACAGCUACAGCUCAGCUGCAUCCUACACCGACAGCUCCGAUGAUGAAACCUCCCCCCGGGACAAAGCCCAGGUCAACACCCACGGCAGCAGCGACUUCUGUGUGAAGAACAUCAAGCAGGCGGAAUUUGGCCGCCGAGAAAUAGAGAUCGCAGAACAAGACAUGUCUGCCCUGAUCUCCUUGAGGAAGAGAGCCCAGGGGGAGAAGCCACUGGCUGGGGCGAAGAUAGUGGGCUGCACCCAUAUCACUGCUCAGACAGCAGUCCUGAUUGAAACCCUGGUCGCCCUCGGGGCCCAGUGUCGCUGGACUGCCUGUAACAUCUACUCCACUCAGAAUGAGGUGGCUGCUGCUCUUGCUGAAACAGGAGUACCUGUGUUUGCAUGGAAGGGUGAGUCAGAGGAUGACUUCUGGUGGUGCAUCGAUCGCUGUGUCAACACAGAGGGCUGGCAGGCCAAUAUGAUCCUGGACGAUGGCGGAGAUUUAACCCACUGGGUGUACAAGAAGUAUCCCAGUGUCUUCAAGAAAGUCCGGGGCAUCGUAGAGGAGAGUGUCACUGGGGUGCACAGAUUGUACCAGUUGUCCAAGGCUGGCAAGCUGUGUGUCCCUGCCAUGAACGUGAACGACUCAGUCACCAAGCAGAAAUUCGACAACCUCUACUGCUGCCGGGAAUCUAUCCUGGAUGGCUUGAAGAGAACCACAGAUAUCAUGUUUGGAGGCAAACAGGUCGUGGUGUGUGGUUAUGGAGAGGUGGGGAAAGGCUGCUGCACUGCCCUUAAAGCCCUUGGAGCUAUUGUGUGCAUCACUGAGAUUGACCCCAUCUGUGCCCUGCAGGGAUGCAUGGACGGUUUCAGAGUGGUUAAGCUGAGCGAAGUCAUUCGACAGAUGGACGUGGUGAUAACUUGCACUGGCAACAAGAAUGUGGUCACCAGAGAACAGCUGGACCGAAUGAAGAACGGCUGCAUUGUCUGCAACAUGGGACAUUCCAAUACUGAGAUCGAUGUGGCGAGUCUGCGCAGCCCUGAGCUGACCUGGGAGAGGGUUCGCUCUCAGGUGGAUCACAUCAUCUGGCCGGAUGGGAAGAGGGUUGUCCUUCUGGCAGAGGGUCGCCUUUUAAAUCUGAGCUGCUCCACUGUGCCUACGUUUGUGUUGUCCAUCACUGCUACAACUCAGGCUCUGGCCCUGAUUGAGUUAUUCAACGCUCCAGAGGGACGUUACAAACAGGAUGUGUAUCUCCUGCCAAAGAAAAUGGAUGAGUAUGUGGCGAGUCUGCACCUACCAAACUUUGACGCCCACCUAACGGAGCUGUCUGACGAGCAGGCCAAGUACAUGGGCCUCAACAAGAACGGCCCCUUCAAACCAAACUAUUACAGGUAG